AUGUUCCCCAAGCUCGUCACACUUGCUGUAAUAGGAUUGAUGCUGAUGGUAGUACCACCGGCGCUGACUCUACGCUACACCGUUCACAACACCAAGGUGAUAUUCUUCGAAGCUUUGCAUCAGUGCAUCAAGAAUGGCGGAUAUCUGGCAGCAGUUGAAACGCCGUACCAGGCGGAACAGAUUUGGACCGCGAUCAAGAAUUCUGGUGCAUCAACGUCCCAGGUUUGGUGGGUAUCCGGUACGGAUCUUGGCAUAGAAGGAUCGUGGCUUUGGUUAUCGCGCAACAAAGCGGUAGGCACGAUUAGAGGAUGGACGAACUGGAUGGAUGGAGAACCGAACAACAGUAACAACGUGGAACACUGUAUGUCGUUGAAUGGUUCGAAGAAUGGACAGUGGAAUGAUAUUUCUUGCGAAGCUACACAAUUUUAUGUGUGUGAGUAUACGUAUUAA